GUUCGUAGUUGGGAGUCUGUGUUGUGAGUCUACAGACUACAGAGCGAAACAUGAGCGAAAACUCAGAUUUUGUUGAUUUUUUUCCGGAUUCUAAGGCUGAGUACGUACUCAGCAAUGUUGCGGAAGUGGUUGAGAGGAUUCUUACGUUCAUACCAACCAAAUCGCUUCUCCAGCUCGCGAGUGUGUGCAGACUUUGGAGAAACUGUGCCCGCAGAGUGCUUAGGACUCAGCAGGAGCUGACCUGGGUGUCGGCCUCUGGACAUCCCAGCACGGAGUCCCAUGCUCUCAAUAUCAUCUUGGCCGAAGAAGUGGAGAAAGUAUACCUGCUGCCUAAAACAGUUCUGGUAAUGGCAGACUCUGAGAUCCUCAAUGGAGGAGCCUUUUGCUACAAACAGAACAAAGCAAAAAAGAGUCGCAACAGUCUAGACGCAGAACUGAACGAGCUCUUCCCCAGAGGCUGUGAUGUCAUGGGCGUUGCUACACCAGGAAUAGUCUUGACACCCAGCGGCUCUUGCGGCAACCCUCCCCAGGAGUACCAAGAUGGGGGAGCUGGCUUUGCAAUCAUGCUUCCAGCUAUUGAGGGUGUCCAGAUCCAGCCUUUUCACUUUUGUAAGAGAACCAUCUCCCCGACAGCCCUUAAAGAAGCAGGACUAGUUGACAACCCAGAGCUACGUGUGAUACUGAUUUUCUUCUAUGAGGCAUAUAAACCAGGAGGCGCACGCUUCCUUAACCAGAUACUAGAGCCGCUUUCGAAGACCAAAGCUCUGAUUGCUGGAGGCCUGGUAGAGAAUGCCUUCGCUCCUUCCAGAUACUGCUGUAGCCAGGGUUCAUAUGGUGUGAUAGGCCUGGCCCUGAGUGGGCCUAAAGUUCAGGGGGCGUCUGUGCUGUUGGAGGAAGAUGUCAUCAGCGCAAAAGCGGCUGAAGCCACAAUCCGCCGACUAAAGGCAGCCAAAAUUCCAGAGAAAAACACCCUGGGAUUUAUGUUUGCCUGCGUGGGGAGAGGCCAGAACUACUACAACAACCAGAGCAAUGUCGAGGCAGAUGCUUUCCACAAGGUGUUCCCCAACACCCCGCUCUUUGGGCUGUUUGGAAACGGCGAGAUUGGCUGCGACCGAAUCAUAAAAGAUGACUACACACUGUGUGACACUGACACGGACAACCUGCAGCACGAGUACACUACUGUCAUGACCCUGGUCCAUCUAGGCUGAAUGUCCCGCAGCAACGGUCAACACACAGGAUGAAAGAUGACACGUCAUGCUUUUGUUUGUAACAGCAGUCGAGAGCAACAAACAUUGUGUACAGAGUAACGGUACAGCAUAGAAGAAUAUCGCUGCCACUAUUUCUACUCAUAAAGAAGAACGGUAAUCUUUUUAACCCUCAGUGUAAUGGCAGCAUGUGGCAUAGUAUCCCUUGGAGACUGUGUGGAAACCCAGGCUUUAUAUUAAAACCAGUGCAUUCAUACAGUUCAGACAUAACAAUACAAACUCGGAAGAAUGUGAUAUAGCACAUA